GCUGCUGCAGCAGCAGUCGCCCGCGCCGGUUGGGGGUCAGCUAGAAAGCGGAGCCCUGGCUGUCAGCUUAGGCGCAGCUGCUUCCCCAACCUUCUUCCUCGGGGCACGGUCCGGUCCCUUCCGCUAGCCCAGGAACCCUACCCCGCCCCACCACGCAGAGCAAAGAAGGAAAGAGAGCCCCAUGCCUGAGCCAAGGGGAGCAUCAUGGAUCUGACAAAGAUGGGUAUGAUCCAGCUGCAGAACCCUAGCCACCCUACGGGGCUGCUGUGCAAGGCCAAUCAGAUGCGACUGGCCGGGACUCUGUGCGAUGUGGUCAUCAUGGUGGACAGCCAGGAGUUCCAUGCCCACCGGACGGUGCUGGCCUGCACCAGCAAGAUGUUUGAGAUUCUCUUUCACCGAAACAGCCAGCACUAUACUCUGGACUUCCUCUCGCCAAAGACCUUCCAGCAGAUUCUAGAGUAUGCCUACACGGCCACACUGCAGGCCAAGGCAGAGGACCUUGAUGACCUGCUCUAUGCAGCCGAGAUCCUGGAAAUCGAGUACCUGGAGGAACAGUGCCUGAAGAUCCUGGAGACCAUCCAGGCAUCUGAUGACAAUGACACAGAGGCCACCAUGGCAGAUGGCGGGGGUGAAGAAGAAGAGGACCGCAAGGCUCGAUACCUCAAGAACAUCUUCAUCUCGAAGCAUUCCAGCGAGGAGAGUGGGUAUUCCAGCGUGGCUGGACAGAGCCUCCCUGGGCCCAUGGUGGACCAGAGCCCUUCGGUCUCCACCUCUUUUGGGCUUUCAGCCAUGAGUCCUACCAAGGCAGCAGUGGACAGUUUGAUGACCAUAGGACAGUCUCUCCUGCAAGGAACUCUUCAGCCACCUGCAGGGCCCGAGGAGCCCACACUGGUGGGGGGUGGGCGGCACUCUGCGGUGGCGGAGGUGAAGACAGAGAUGAUGCAGGUAGAUGAAGUCCCUGGCCAGGACAGCCCUGGGGCAGCUGAGUCCAGCAUCUCAGGAGGGUUAGGGGACAAGCUUGAAGAAAGGAGCAAAGAGGGGCCUGGGACUCCCACUAGGAGCAGCGUCAUCACCAGCGCCAGGGAGCUUCAUUACGGGCGAGAAGAAAGUGCUGAGCAACUUUCACCUACAGUUGAAGCUGGUCAGGGACACCCUGGGCGACAGGAGCCCCUGGCACCCCCAGUGGAGAAGCAUUUGGGCAUCUACUCAGUGCUGCCCAACCACAAGGCCGAUACUGUGUUGAGUAUGCCGUCUUCAGUGACCUCUGGUCUCCAUGUGCAACCUGCCCUGGCCGUCUCCAUGGACUUCAGCACCUAUGGAGGCCUGCUGCCUCAGGGCUUCAUCCAGAGGGAGCUGUUCAGCAAGCUGGGUGAGCUGGCUGUGGGCAUGAAGGCCGAGAGCCGUCCUCUGGGGGAGCAGUGCAGCGUGUGUGGGGUCGAGCUUCCAGACAACGAGGCUGUGGAGCAGCACAGGAAACUGCACAGCGGGAUGAAGACGUACGGGUGUGAGCUCUGCGGAAAACGGUUCCUGGAUAGUUUGCGGCUGAGAAUGCACUUACUGGCUCAUUCAGCGGGUGCCAAAGCCUUUGUGUGUGAUCAGUGUGGUGCCCAGUUCUCAAAGGAGGAUGCUCUGGAGACACACAGACAGACCCAUACUGUGUCUGAUCCUCCCUGCCGUAACACUUCCAUCUACAUGCAGGGACGUAUUUGGACAAUAUUAACUGAUAGAGAUAGAGCUCUGUUGGAUUCCACAGUGCAGAUUGCUCAGCAUCAGCAUCAUCUCAUGACCAUGAUUGACAGCCCUUUGGCCAUCAUGGCCAGCAUUCAUACUGGAACCUUGUAA